CAGGCUAAAUUUAAAUUUUCACUUUUUUUGCGGCUCUGCUUAAUAUUAUCGAUUCAUCGCAUUGUGUGCCAGCGUUGCCAGAAAACGAUUAUUUACAAAUCAGCUGCUUAUCAGUGUUACCAACUCGAUAGAGCUUUUUAAAGUAGCCAAGUCUGCCGGAAUUUAAUUGCGAAUUUAACAGCACUAUAAUAGUUACUUAAACAUCGAGCAUCUGCCAUAUCAUGACUUUAAGUGUGUGCGUCUGCGACUAUUGGCAACGACGUCACUACUACUACCAACCGGUCCAACCAAAACUGCCACCGGUGGAUGACACCGACACUUGCAACAACAACAACAAUCAGGCGUGCAAGGAACAACCCCUUGUACUACGACGUCUACAAGUGCAUUUGGAUGCCAUUACAGGCAACUAUUUGCUGCAAGAGCUACUGCAGCAGCAGGUGCUCAGGGAUCACCUGCAACAUGAGCAUGGCGUGGAGCUUGUGUGGCUGACACUGCAGCCGCCGGCGCAGGAUACCAUAGACUACAAAUUUGCAGAUAUGCUGGCGCAUACGAUCUGGGAGCACAUUGAGGUGGAGAAUCUAAUGUCCUGGCUGUCCACAUUGGGUGGAGGCUUCUCUGCCCUAGGUGAACAGUUCGAGCGCUGCGCUGAUACGGCUGGGAAAAUCUCACUACAGCAGCUGAAGAUUGGCUUGCGGCUUGGUGAUCCGUUCCUGCAAGCCCGCUGCAAGCUCUACUAUAGCAUAUCUCUGAUACAGCGUGGUCAACUGCGUCAGGCCAAGAAUAUGAUACGUGCUCAGUACAAAUUUGCUCGUGAGCACAAGGAGCAUGAUCAACGACUAAUCCGCAUGUGCCUAGGCAUCUGGCUCCGUCUACGCUUUGAGUAUCAAAUGCGAAAUGAGCGCCGAGGAGGAUAGUACACACACACACACAUACGUACAAAAGAAAACAACAUAUAUAUGUGAUUGGGAUUAAGUGCGGCGUGUUGAUUUGAUAGUUUGCUUCUGUUUAGGUUUAAGCAUAAAAUUCAUUGUUUUGCGCUUUGUGCUGUUAGCUUGUAAGCUUUAUAAUAAAUGUACACACUUGAAUAGAUUCAAUAGAUUUAUUUAUAUAAUAAUAUAUUUAUGUAUGUAUAUUUACGUAUCAAAUGCGUAUUUAACACCCUUUCAACUUCAACUGCGCUUGGCCGGCACCAAUGAACGCAAAACUUUUCUUUUCAAUUGCCAAUUUAUCAAACAAUUUCAAUUUUUUACUUAAGCUAUGCAGUUG